ACUUGGAAGCAUAGAAGAAAUCCUCCCCAGCCUCCCCAAGCACAUCACUGUUUGGGGAAUGAAGGACUCCGUUCCACAAGGUGUAGUUUCACUCCAAGAAAAGCUGAGCCUGGCCUCUGAUGAGCCAGUGCCAACAAGGCAUCAUGUCACCUCAAGCCUCAAGUCUACCUGCCUCUAUAUUUUUACCUCUGGAACAACAGGUCUACCCAAAGCAGCCGUGAUUAGUCACUUGCAGGUGUUGAAGGGAUCUCUCGGGCUGUGGGCUUUUGGCUGCACAGCUGAUGACAUUAUUUAUUUAACCCUCCCUCUGUAUCAUAGUUCAGGGGCUCUCCUUGGAAUUGGUGGCUGUAUUGAGUUGGGUGCUACAUGUGUAUUAAAGAAGAAAUUCUCUGCAAGCCAAUUUUGGAAUGAUUGCAAGAAGUACAAUGUGACUGUGUUUCAAUACAUUGGAGAACUCUGCCGUUAUCUAUGCAAACAGCCUCAGAGAGAAGGGGAAAGGGACCAUCAGGUGCGUUUGGCAGUUGGAAACGGUAUGCGAAGUGAUGUGUGGAGACAGUUUUUAGACAGAUUUGGAAAUAUUAAAAUGUGCGAAUUUUAUGGUGCCACUGAAGGAAACAUAUGUUUCAUGAACCACACGGGGAAGAUUGGAUCCGUUGGGAGAACGAACUUCUUUUACAAGCUUAUUUUUGCUUUUGAGUUGAUAGAGUAUGACUUCCAGAAAGACGAACCAGUGAGGAACGAACAAGGCUGGUGUCGCCGUGUGAGAAAAGGAGAACCGGGGCUUCUCAUUUCUCAUGUGAAUACGAAGAAUCCUUUCUUUGGCUAUGCUGGCUCUUACCGGCACACGAAAAGCAAGCUGCUCUUUGAUGUUUUUAAGAAGGGAGAUGUUUACUUCAAUACAGGAGACCUAAUGGUCCUGGAUCACGAGAACUUCCUUUAUUUUUGGGACCGUAUUGGAGACACUUUCAGGUGGAAAGGAGAAAAUGUUGCAACCACAGAGGUAGCUGAUGUGAUCGGGAGGUUGGACUUCAUUCAGGAAGCAAAUGUGUAUGGGGUGCCUGUGCCAGGUUAUGAAGGGAAAGCAGGGAUGAUUUCUAUUAUUAUAAAACCAAACAAGUCUUUAGACUUAGACAAAAUGUACGACCAAGUUGUAACAUCUCUACCAGCUUAUGCCUGCCCACGGUUUUUAAGAAUUCAGGAUAAAAUGGAGACAACAGGGACUUUCAAGCUGCAGAAGAUACAAUUGGUGGAAGAAGGAUUUCAUCCACUGAAGAUUUCUGAUCCGCUUUACUUUAUGGAUACCUUGAAAAAAGCUUAUGUUCCAUUGACCAAAGAAAUUUAUAAUCAGAUAAUGUUAGAGGAGCUUAAACUUUAAGACUAUUUUUAUGGGACUUCAAUGCCUUCCUGGGAAAGAUGAAGGAAGAUACAUGAUCUUUGAUUGACCACCAGAGUUUUUUUUAUGAAAAAUAACCUUUUUUAUUUUUUAUUUAUGAAAGGGAGAGUUCCUUUCAUAAGUCAAUCAUGAGUUGAAAAUAUCAUACACAAAGAAUGAAUUUGAUAUACCUAAGCUCUCAAGAUCCAUAUAUCCCAGCACAGUGAGCCAUGAGAUAUGAGAUAUUCAUCCCAUGGUCAUGUGACUGAUGGGGGGAUGCUGCUCACAGCCCCUGUCUGGGAUCCCCAGAAAGCAGCCUACAGCAUAGCAUAUGGUCACAAUUCAAAGUACAGUGUUUCUGGGUACAUUUGGGAAGUAAAACCGAACAGGCCAUAGUGUUACCACACGACUCUUGGACUGCAGGCAAUGUGGUGUUUUACUCUGAAACAGAGAUGGAGAAGUAGAGUUCAGUUUGUACCACAUUCCCUUCACAGACAAAAGUUCCUUGAGUUUAAUAAGGCUUCAAUGGCUUCAUCUCAUAUAAAUUUCAGCUCAUUUUUUUUUUAAAUUAGAAGAUUCAGUACAUAACUAAAUACUUGCCUUAAUUUUGAAGAUUUUAAAUAAUCUGUAAGUAGUUAACAGUUAAUCACUUAAAAUACUUUCUAAUAUGUAAAGAAUCGAAUUUUAAAUGGAUAGUAAAACUUUUAAUCAGUUUAUUUUUUUGUGUUUUAACUUGUUACUCAAUAAAACCAUCUUUAAUAAUAUGUGA